UUGCAUGCACUUGACAAAGAAAGCCCACAAAAAGAGAUAAAAUAGAAAGAAACGUGCCCCUUCUAAAAACACUAGUAAUUUCCAAGAAGAUCAUUACUUACAAUUUACACAUUAUAAGUACAACAAGAAGCACUAGAACACCUUUUGGUUACUCAACAAAAACCAAAAAAUCCCAUUAACAUAUAUUUGUAGCUAUGGCCACAGAUGCUAUUCCGGCACCGGCAGAUGACCGGAAUAUUAGCCGGAAAAUUGGACGGUCAUCGAGGACGAAGUGCCCCGCCCCGUUCUUGUCGAAAACUUAUGAUCUUUUAGAGGAGCAAGAAGAAGAUAAUAAUUAUUAUAAGGGGCAAAAUAAGGUUGUUUCAUGGAAUGUUGAGGGAAGUGGAUUUGUUGUGUGGUGUCCAGCUGAGUUUUCUGAGCUUAUGUUACCUAAAUAUUUCAAGCACAACAAUUUCUCCAGUUUCAUCAGACAACUUAAUACCUAUGGAUUCAAGAAAGUAGCAUCAAAACGGUGGGAAUUUCAGCAUGAAAAGUUCCAAAAAGGGUGCAGGCAUUUGCUAGCAGAAAUAACAAGGAAGAAAUGUGAACCAAGUGCCUUCCCUACAUACUUAAAUCCUUGUGAAAAGAGAACAUUAUUAGCUAGAAGUGAAGAGAAUACAACAAGGCAGAUGCUUAUGGAAGAGAACCAAAACUUGAAAAAGGAAAGGAUGGAAUUGCAAAUGCAAAUUGCUCAUUUCAAAACAUUGGAAAUGAAGUUGCUGCAAUGCCUUUCUCAAUGUGUGGAAAAUCCACAUACUAAAACUAGAAAGUUGUUUUAGAGGCUCGGGAACUUUGUACGUUGAGCUGUUUUUUUUUUUUUUUAGUCAGACAUGUAUUAUUAAUUAUCUCCUACCCCAACAAUCCAAAAAAAUAAAGAAAAGAAAAGUGUGGAAAGGGAGAAAAUAAUUAA